ACCGCCAAAUUCAUCUCCCUCUACUUCCUCCAACUCAAAACCUAAACCAAUCUUAAUCCAACGGUCCCGAAUCCCCCAUCUCUCUCUUACCAAAUCUCAUCCGUCCAUCACCUUUUCAAGUCUAUCCGUCCGAUCUCUUUCCAAUCAAAUCAGGCCGUUGAUUUUUCUCAAGAAUUCAAUUUCGAAGAAGCAAAGAGGGAGUGAAGGACUAAGCUGCUGUUUUAGGUCGUGAAAUCGAGAUAGUUUCUCAAUUCCCGGCGACAGGGCGUUGCUUUCCGUUUUCCCGGCAAGAUUCCGGCUAAGUUUUGAGCUUUUGGAUGUGAAAAGACAGAGACUUUUGGCUUUUUUUUUUUUUUGUUGAUGAUGGAUUUUGAGAUUCCAUUUUUGAGUUUGUAUCGAGAUUGAUUAAUGGAGAAUGGUGAAAUUGUUUCUGAUUCUGGGCCCAAGAAAUUGGCGAGGCAAUUGGAUUUCACGACAUGUCGCGCCUCGGAGAAUGCUAGACUGCCGGUGCAGCUUCAUUCGCCACCGCAGCAGUCGUCGCCACCGGAAUCACAGCAGCGAGUACAGAGUCAAGGGCAAUGCCAAACGCAGGUGUCGUCUCAGUCAAAGCAACAGCCGGAGUCACCAUUACAGCAGCACAAUGUGCAGUCGCCAUCAAAUCUGCCGGCAAGAUCACACUUGCAGGCAAUGCACCAAUUGUUAGCGCGGCAUAAUCAAGCUCCCCUAUCACAUCGGACGCCGCAUCCAGUGCAAAAGCUUCCUCCGCCGACGUUUCAAUUGGGCAAGCAAGAGUCCCCUCGGUCAAGACUGCAUUCUGGCAUUGAUGCAAAAGAUGGUACACCAAAGAAACAAAAGCAAUGCAAUUGCAAGAAUUCUAGGUACUGUGAGUGCUUUGCUGCUGGAAUUUAUUGCGAUGGUUGCAACUGCAUAAAUUGUCAUAACAAUAGCGAGAAAGAAGAGCAUAGACAAGAGGCAAUUAGUUUGACAUUGGACCGCAAUCCAAAUGCAUUCAGACCUAAGAUUGGUAGCAGUCCGCAUGGACCUCAGGAUGCCAAGGAUAAUGCAAGUGAACUUCAGAUGGUGGGAAAGCACAAUAAAGGAUGUCACUGCAAGAAAUCAGGGUGUCUCAAGAAGUACUGUGAAUGCUUCCAAGCUGAGGUUUUCUGCUCUGAAAAUUGUAAAUGCAUGGACUGCAAAAACUUUGAAGGGAGUGAAGAAAGAAGAGCUUCCUCACAGGGGUACCAUAAUUCCUUGAUUUACAUGCAACAGGCUGCAAAUGCAGCUAUUAAUGGUGCCAUAGGGUUGUCUGGAUUUGGGACUGUGUUGGCAUCCAAGAAGAGAAAAGGUGAUGAAAUCUUAUCUGGUCAAGCUGUGCAAGAUCAGUCUGUUCCCAAGAUGGCACAACAUGAACUGGAAAAUCCUUCUAGAAAUUCUCCUGCUGCCUCUUCUGUCUUAUCAGCCUCUGUUUCUUGCACUCCUAAUGCACCAGUAUUGAGAUCUUUAAAACCCACAUUAAGAUCUCCAUUAGCUAAUGUCCUCAAACCACAAGAUGUGAAGGAGCUAUGCUCAGUUUUGGUCGUACUUUCAUCAGAAGUUGCAAAGACACUUCCAGGAAAAAAUAGUGAAAGGGAUCUGGAAAGAGAGAGUUACAAUGUUGAAACUGCUGUUUCAUGCAUUCCAGCAAGUGAAACAAGUGAGAAAGGAAGUGAUUUAAUAGCUGCUGAUAAUGAUCUCAGUCAGAACCAAGCUAAUGUUGAUGGUUAUCAUAACUCUGGAUCAAAUGAGACUAACGUGCAAAAUCGAAGGCCUUUGUCUCCUGGCACACGUGCCUUGAUGUGUGAAGAAGAAGAUGCGAUGUUUUUGGCAGCUCCAUCACAAACUGCAUUGCCAAGCCAUUGUCAAAACACAAGUAAGAAGUCAUUGAAUGAGCAUGAGCGCACGGAGGUCUAUGCAGAGCAGGAAAGGCUUGUCUUGACAAGUUUGCGGGACUUGCUUAACCGUCUCAUAACCUGUGGGAUGAUAAAACAAACAACGUGUUCUUCACCAGACAAAAGGAGCCAACAAGAACCUGUUGAAAAUCCGGCUAUACAAUCUGAAAACCAAACAGGAUGCCACAAGGAGCCUCAUCACAAUGGCAUUGUGAGAUCUUUGAAUCCAGCAAACAGUAGAAAUGUCUAAGACUGCAGUCUCUUCACCUUCAACAAACAACAUGGCUUUAAAGAUGGGAUUACCUGCUGGCAAUGUAAAGAUAAACACAGAUUGAGGACUCAAACACACAACGAAAAUAGUUCGAAGCAUCCACAUGCCAUCACAUUGUUCAUAUUUGUUAUUUAUGCUCAAGAUUUGGCCCUGGAUCCUAUUAUUCAGAGAUGCAUUUUGAAGAUUCAAGGACCUUUCUUCUUACAACAUGCUAAAUUGCUAAUUUAUACAUAUUUAUAGAAAUUUUCGUGCUUUCUUUGCUCAUGUC